GAAAUGAAAAUUUAAGUCGUGUCCGCUUGAAAUUGCUUUGUACAUGUGAAUGACUAUGCGUAAUUGUGCAGUGCAUGGUUUGAUUGAAACUUACCUCUUUGAGUCGAGGUAUUGGAGCAAUCAGUCUUGACUAACCCUUUGAUUGAUCCUUAAUCGGCUUGCAUGCUUGGUCCUGUUUGAUACUUAUCAUUUAUUACAUAUCUUGACUCAAUUCGCCAAAUGGCUAAACAUUUGUGAUCAUCGGCUUAAGCAAAUCGAUUUAUUGCAAAUUGCUGAAUAGUCGAAUUUUCAAUAAUAUUACAGUUUCAAAAUGACUGAACUGAAAUAAUAGGCAUCCAGUUUUUGCAACAAUAAUUUAUUCAUUAUUUAUUUCGACAGUUUUGGGGGGUAACGUUAACGAUUUGAACAUUUUGAAAUGACUUCAUAUCGUCUUAAUUCGACAUCCAAUCAGAAUCGAGAAGACGAAGACAGUCGCAGUAGUUUGUUCCGAAGACGAAACUAUUACGAUAGAGCGGACUGUUCGAAAGAAAGCAGCGAAGAGUUCUCAAACUACAAUGUAGGCGACAGUUUCAACAAGUCUUCUUCGUCUAAUGAUCGGGUUGGGAGAUAUAUGAGUAAUGGUAGUAGUGUUAGUAGUGGAGGCGGGGGAGGGGAUCGAAAUGGGUACAUUGGGAAAAGUGGGGACAGAAAUACAGGUGUGAGGGAUGUCGAGUUCUCAAUGUUGUCUUCUAGACUCCGAGGGAAGCUGAAAACAUCGGAAAGUAAUGACCUCAAGAUGUCUUCAAGUGUGAAAGGAUACUCGAACGGGGACUCCGGAUUCACAGAAAACAACAACAGUCUCUACUCCUCAGGUCUGAAGAGAGACAAUUCAGACAGCACCAUAGCAUCAUCAGAUAUGGAAUCAGUUGCUCCUCAAAGCAGUGUGUACAGUGCUGAUUUGGCGGGAAGACAGGGAUCGGAGAUGACAAUCAAUAGUGGACAGUUCUCGCUAGCAUCUAGUGUUGCCAGCACGCCUAUGCACAUGGCUGCGGGAGGUCAAAUAUCUAAACAGAAGUACCAGUCGAUGGAGUCUGUGGGGGCGAAUGAAGUGGGUCUGAGGGAGUUGUCCAAUCAGAUCAGACGCAGGUUCGUCCGAGACCAGUUCCGAUUCAACGUCAUGGUUGUCGGUGAGACUGGUCUUGGUAAGUCGACAUUCAUCAACACCCUCUUCUACUCCACAAUCUACCCAGCAGACCCGAACAGUCGCUCCUCGCAAUCAGAAGACGGCAAGAACUGCGUCGUUCCCUCAUGCUUCGACAGGUGGAACAAAACAGUGAAGGAAAGCAACGACAAACAAAACAUAGCAAAUAACUCUAGUACUGCUGCCUCUUCCGCCGGUUCUAAACCGAAGUCAUCAUACGGGUCAUCGGUGCCCUCCAAAGGUCCCUCGAAUCCCUUAGUGACUCCAAUGAACAAACUAGCCUCACAGACCUCCCCGAAGCCAGACGACAGUAACUCUAUUGGGUCUACAAGUGGUGUUGUGCAGUGGAGUGUGAAUGACUUCCAAUGUGUGAUGACCGAGGGAAAUGCGAAAAUGACCCUUGGCUUGAUUGAUACGCCAGGAUUCGCGCAGUUCUUGGACAAUUCUAAAUGCUCAGAGCCCUUAGUAGAAUACAUCAACAAACAGUUUGACCGAUAUAUGACAAUCGAAUCCCAAAUCGACAGGUCGAACAACAAGGAGAAUUCAAAAUACUCAAAGUCAUCGACGGGACUGAGUACUAAGUUACAAAAUGACCCUAGAGUUCACUGCUGCAUCUACUUCUUGUCUCCUCAGAAUCCGCACAGGUUAAAAGCUGUUGACGUUGAGGCAAUGAAGAGUCUAGGCGACAAAGUGAACUUGAUCCCUGUAAUCGCAAAAGCAGACACUCUUACUCCAGAGGAGCUGAAAGAUUUCAAAGCGAUGGUCUUGAAGGAACUAGAUACGCAUGGAAUUAAAUUGUUCCAGAUCCCGGAAGUUUCAAGUUUACAGCAGCAGUUAGAUCCUGAGUUAGGACCCGAGAAUAAGAAAUACAAGAGUCUCAGUCCAUUCGCGGUAUGUGGCAGCAAUCAUGCUCGAUCGAAAGAUGGACUCAGAGUGCGAGAGUACGCGUUUGGCACAGUAGAAAUUGAGAACGAGGCACACAAUGACUUUGUUGCACUGAGGAGUAUCCUGAUGCAGAUCCAUACAUGGAACCUGAUAGACAGCACCAGGGAGCAACACUACGAGAAGUACAGGAGCUCAAAGCUGGCAUCCACCAUCGGCUCUACAGCUGCAUCUGCGCCAGGCACUGCUGGUGGAAAAGAUGCAUCGGGAAAAGCAUUAGGUUCGAAUCCCUCCGUCAACAAAGGUCCGCUAGCCAUUUUGAGCGAGGAGAAAAAAGCACAUGAGGAGCGUCUAUCCAAAAUGCAGGACGACAUGCAACGCGUGUUUGAACAGAAAGUAGCCGAAAAAGAACGUCGCCUGAAAAUGAAAGAAGACGAAAUGCUUAGAAAACAUGAAGAAAUGAAUCGUAAUUUGGAAGCGCAACAGGCUGCAUUGGCAGCAGCCAAAGAUCAACACGAGAGGAAUUUGCAAGCGUGGACCGAGUCGACGGCAGCAGCGGUGUCGGCAGCCAAUCAGAAUGCAGCUACACUCGGGUAUCCGGGAGAGGCGGAGGGAAACUCAAGUGGAUACGGAACUGCGACAACUCCAAACUUCAGCUUGAAAGACAAAAAGAAGAAGUUAUUCGGAAGAUAAAGCAAUACAUCAUCAGUGUCACAGAUGAAAAAUAAUUUGAGAUGGACUAUGCCUUUUGAUAAUAAUGCCAAAAUUCACCAUGCGCGUUGAGCCAUGUCAAAGCGGAAGCCUCAGAAAUGAAUGAUCCUGAACUCUUUCUGUUUUGGACUCAUUGUUUCCUUCCACAAAUAUGCCUCAAAAAUGUUAUAAUUUCUGCUCCUUUUUUCGAUGAAACUGCGUAGCAUGCGUGUUGCGUACUUAUCCACUGAAUGUUGCUACCCGAAAUAUCUAUUUUGAUUACCUAAUUUGUGCAGUUUUUUGCAUGAUGUUUGUACCAAAGCGUACGGAGUUGCAGUCCUGAGGUCAAUCAAGUGCAGAUUUUCUUCAAAACUUAGAUAAUUAUGUCGUAGUUUACGAUUGCAUUCUUAUAAUGCAUGGUGCAAUAUAUUUUAACAGCUAACUACUGUUCCUCACAAUUUUGCAGCUUUUUGUUCGGCGGUAAUAAAUUUCAAUGUCGAAAAAUUUUGGUACUAAAUUUGCAGUCCUGUAAGUUCGUUAAAUAUAAUGAGUGACGAUGUUGUUCUCGCAGUUGUGGUUGUCAAAAAGUUAUUUACAAAUAAUUGCAUAAAUUAUUCAAUUAAUUUCAGUUCAUCUGGUUUGUCGUUUCAUCUGUCUGCCCCAUUUAUUAUUUUGUAAAUUAUCCGUACAAUUCUAAUCUAAUAAUUGUCAUGCUCAGAAUAAUUUAAUACU